AUGUCCAAACAUACUACUGGCUCCAUGACACCUGGUAGAGUACGAAAAAUUUCAGCUGGUUUAUCAAAUGCUCGACGAGCUUUUGAUGAUAAUAUCGAUGAUUUUGAAAUAGAUGAAAAUGAUUUUGAUGGAAAUUUUCCGAUGAUUCAUAAUGCUCCAUUUCAUAGUCAACAACGUCCAUCAUCUGUUCACCAGUCGAAUUACAACAAAAAUACCAGUCCAACACCAGCUCAUUUAAUGAAGCGUCUCAUUAAUGAAUUAUUUACAAAAGAAGAAAUGAUGGCUGUGAACAUGAAAAAACCAAUGAACGAACAGAAAAAAUCAAAAGUGAGGACUGUCAAGCUGUAUUUUUUUCAAAAUGAUGAUAUUCAAGUUGCUAGUUUCGGGGAUUAUGAAGGUAAAGUUAUUCGUGAAAAUCAACGACGAGGCACGAUAUUUCGAAACAAAUUAUUCGCCGAAGAUGAUGCAUAA